AUUUCAGUUUGUUGCUAGCUUUCCUGUGUGUGCCAGACCCUUACUGCAACAAGAAGAUAUUGGUUUUGAAAUAAUUUCAUCUUGUAGCUGGUUAGAAGAAACAACCAUUUAACAAAUUUUCCUACCUGAAUAAACACGUUUCUCCAGCUACUAUAUGAAGGAGGUUGAAUGACAAUCUUGCAUGCAGGAAUUCUCUUCACUGAAAAAGACUAAGAAGAAAACUCUUCAUUCAGAAGAAUUCCAUUAUGGGGAAAAAAAGGGCUAAAGUUAAAAACCUUGCGAAGAGUGAGCAACCAAAUCUGUCUCCAAAUAUUGAUGACUGGACAAAAGAACAAGUAAAACACUGGGUAACUGAAGAACUUAAGAUUGACCAGAAAUAUGGUGAAAUCUUGUUUAGCCAAGAUGUGACAGGUUCAGCCUUGAAGCUGUUUACUAAAGAACAUUUUACAGAUAUAGGCAUAACGUAUGGCCCAGCUCUUCAAAUUAUGAAUGCAUUGAAAUGUAACUUUCUAGUUGAAAGCACAGCUCAGACAGUUAGACAAGAAGAUAGUGAAAAGACUCAUGAUGAAAAAUAUUUAAUGGAGAAGGAAGAUGGAGGAAGUGCAAAGCAAGAUGAAAAAAAUAAAGGAAACUCAAAGUCAGCAGAUGCCAGUGAGUCACAAGAACUUAGAUUAUCUGAAUGCACAAAGUCUAUAGAGUCUAUGCUCACAGAUAGAACAGAAAAUAAGUUAGGUGAAGCAGAAGAUAAAUCAAAGAAAUUACUGGAAAAUAAUCAACAUCCAACCAGACAAAACUGUUUGCCAUAUCCUUUUGAUGAGUUUCAUGAUAGUCGUCGUUAUAUACAGCACUAUAUUCUUAAUGUCCCUGAAACAGGGCCACUGAAUCUCAUUGAGCCAGCACAUGAGUUCAAACUGUUCACAAACACGGAGAAAGCAACAGAAGAGGAUAUUAAGCUGAAAUUUAGCAAUGAAACCUUUAGAUUUGCUGCUGCAUGUAUGAAUUCCCGCACUAAUGGUACUAUUCAUUUUGGAGUAAGCAACCAGCCACACGGGGAAAUUAUAGGAGUGAAACUAAGCAGUAAAGAUGAAUUUAUUGACUAUUUUAAUGAAAAAAUUGAAAAGUACUUUGAUCAAAGUUUUGUCCGUAUUGCAAAAGACUGCAUUAGGGCACCUAGAUUUGUGGAAGUAUUAUUGCAAAAUAACACUCCAUCAAAUACAUUUGUCAUUGAAGUAGAUGUAGUUCCAAAACACUCUAUAUGUCAAACAAAAUAUUUCCAUAUAAAUAAUUACAAUUUUAAGACCAAAACUUGGGAACAGUCUUUAUUUAUACGGGAUGGACCCAGCUCUAAAAACAUUUUUAAUAAUCCAAAAGAACUCCAGUCAUUUAAGUCCAAGAUUACAUCUGCAGCAGAUCGUCGAAAAGCAGCAGAGGAAGAACACAGAGAAAAACGAAAGAAGAAAGAGAAUGAGGGUCGAAAGCUGAUUAGCCUACUCACAGGUAACAGGGACUUGCUGGAUAAUUCCUAUUAUGACUGGUAUAUAUUAGUAACAAACAAGUGCCAUCCUCUUCAAACACAGCAUUUAGAUUUUUUGCAGGAAGUAAAAUGGUUUGCUGUGCUGGAGUAUGAUUCUGAGUCAGAAAAGAACGGGGUGGCCAAAAAAUACAGAGAAAAACGAGGUGCAAACCUUCAUUUUCCAAAUCAGUAUCAAAUGAAAGGGGAAACAAUUUCUGUAAUAAUUGAAGAUCUGAAUCUCUAUCACCAGCCCAGCUGGAUUUUCUGCAAUGGCAGAUCAGAUCUUAAUGAUGAAAAAUAUCAACCUUUAGAUCCCAGUUUGUGGCAACAAAAGAGGGCUGCUGAAGUCAGGAAAUUGAUUUCAUUUCUUUCACAUCCGGAUGUACUGCAAAGAGGAAAGUUUCUAGUAGUGUUUCUUUUGCUCUCCAAAGUGGAAGAUCCAGGGGAUCCCCUUAUUGAAACAUUCUGCACAUUUUACCAAGAUCUGGGAGGGCUUGGAGACAUGCUCUGCAUUUGUAUUGGUUCACAAACAUUCCAAAUAUGGAAAGAUCUUCUGCAAGCUAGAUCCAUUAAUCAAGAUGAACUUACUGAGAGAUGCGUUGCUAAUUUAAACCUUCAAACAGUGAACGGUACUAUCCUUAAAUUGAAAUCUGUGACACAGUCUUCUCAGAGGCUUUUACCAUGUAAUGGUUCUUCUACUGUUCUUCUAAAGAAGGAAGAAGACUUCAUGACAGCAUUGGAAAUACUUUGUGAAAAUGAAUGCAAAGAUACAGAGAUAGAAAAGGAUAAAGCUCAAUUUUCUGAAUUCAGAAAAUCUCAAGAAGAGCAUUUUUACCGGGGUGGCAAAGUGUCAUGGUGGAAUUUUUAUUUCUCUUCUGAAAACUAUUCUUCCCCCUUUAUCAAGAGGGACAGUUAUGAAAAACUUGAAGAGUUGAUUCAAUCUUCAUCCCAGUCCUCUACACAAAAACCAUCAAAAGUUAUCAAUCUUUAUCACUCUCCAGGCUGCGGUGGAACUACUUUAGCUAUGCAUGUUCUCUGGGAGCUAAGGAAGAAAUUCAGAUGUGCCGUUCUGAAAAAUAAAACUGUUGAUUUUGCAGAAAUCGGAACACAGUUAACAACUUUAAUCACCUACGGCGCAACCAACCAAGAAGAUUACUUGCCAGUAUUACUUCUUGUAGAUGAUUUUGAAGAGCAAGAAAAUGUCUACCUUCUGCAGCAUGAAAUUCAGACAGCUAUAGUAGGAAAAUGCAUUAGCUAUGAAAACCCUGUAGUGAUCAUUAUAAAUUGUAUGAGAUCUCAGAAUCCUGUGGAAAGCUCAAAGAGCAGUCAAUCAGACAGCAUUAAUCUAAAACAUGAACUUUCUUUCAAAGAGCAACGGGCUUUUGAGAAGAAGCUGGAAGAAAUUAAACAGCAGCAUCAGCACCCUGAAGAUUUCUAUUCAUUUAUGAUUAUGAAAGAACAAUUUAAUCCAGAGUAUAUAAAAAAUGUGGUCAAGAACACACUGAAAGGUUUGGACAUUAACAGCAAACAAGGACAACUUAUUUCCUUCCUGGCAAUAUUAAACUCUUACGUUACGGAGUCCAGUAUCUCAGUAUCGCAAUGUGAAGAUUUCUUUGGAAUAAUCAGUAAAUAUUGGGGUAAAGAAAGUUUAGAAGACAAGAUGGGAAUUUGUUCUAAUAUUCUAAUACAGAGUCAGGUGCAAGAACAUGGAUCAUACAAAGGAGUGCGUAUCAUUCACCCACUGAUCGCUAAUUGCUGUCUAGAAGAAUUUAACCUAACCUAUAGGUUAACUAAAAGUGCAAUAACACUGCAAUUGUUAAAACAGAAUUUAUUUUAUGAUUCUGGCUUAGGAAGAAGCAAACUUCUAGAUGAUGUGCAAAGUAUGCUACUUACCAGACAACGUAAAGAACAUGGAGAUGACGCAGACACAUUGUUUUCCCCAUUAAUUGAAAAAAUACAGAAGGAAGAAGGUAGUGCUGAAGUUGAAAGCGUGUUACGUGAAGGAGCCAUUCGAUUUAGCCAAAACCCAUUCAUUUGCCAAGCCUUAGCAAGACACUUCUACAUUAUAGACAAGAAUUUUGGGUCUGCACUGGAGUGGGCCAAAAAAGCCAAAAAAAAAGCUCCUAACAAUUCAUAUAUAUCAGAUACUUUAGGCCAAGUUUUUAAAAGUCAGGUAAAAAAUUGGGUGGAUGAAAAUGCAAAAAGGAAGGUCAUAACUGCUGAAGACCUGAAACGUUUGCUAGAGCUUGCUAAGUGUGCUUCAGAGGCUUUUAAAGAAUCCCAGCAACAGAAUGAAAGUACAGACAAUGUAAGAGAAGCUUUGCAGCACCAAAAGUCUAAACGGAGGUAUGAUACUUAUAAUACAGCUGGUUAUUUGGGGGAGAUAGAAACUGGACUGUACACUAUAGAUAUUCUUGGGUGUACUCCUCUUUUCAACAAAAAAAAUACAUUGUCCCAAGAAGAUAUGCUACAAUAUUUGUCAGGAAAGCAUGCCAUCCCAACAGCAACUAGUGACACUGAAAGUGAAGAAUAUAAGUUUGCACUUGACUAUUACUGUGGUUAUUUAUCUAAUUUGCGCUCAAGUUUGAAGGAGGCAUUUGAGUUUUUUGAGAACUACUUUGUCCUUCUGAAACCAAGAAAUAUUGAAAAAGAAAGUGUGGAGUUCAAAAUACGUAAGAGGGUUCGAGAAUGUUUCAACAAAUAUGCAGAAAUAUUUUGCCACUUGGAUCCUGAGAUAUCGGGGGACAAUCCAAUGAGUUCAAAACUCAGUUUGCCUCGGCAGGAGGAUCACUGCAGGAGAAGUUUGGAGGCUUCCAAAGCAGACAGGUUUUCUGGGCUUUUGGAGUACCUCAACAGUCAUGAAAAAGCUGAAAGCAAAAUGGAAGACAUAGUGAAUAAAUACACAUUUUUGAUUGAAAAAGGCACACAGGGACCCCUGUUGAGGGAGAAGCAGAAUUUCAUUUUGGCAAACAUUGUUCUCAGUUGUAUUAAACCUAAAUCCAGGAAGAUAUGUGCUCUUCAUGAAUUGAAAGCACAGCUUAGAAAAAUCCUACAGCUAUUAGGUCUAGAGCAUCGAUUUUCAGAACCUUACUUCUUAGCCUCUUUAUUAUUCUGGCCAGAGAAUCAAAAACAAUUAGAUCAGGAUUCCAGACAAAUGGAAAAGUAUGUCACAGCACUGAAGAAGUCUUUUAGAGGGCAAUACAGACAAAUGUGUCGUUCCAAGCAGCCUGUUGCUCAUUUCUAUCUUGGGAAUAGUAGAGGUCUGAAUAGGCUUGUUCAUAAAGGAAAAAUAGAUCAGUUUUUCAGUCCACUCCAAGUACAUGACUUGCAUUCCCUGUGGCAGAAAGGAUGCAUAUGGGAAGAAAAGGAUGUCCGAGAUCUAUUGCUUCGUCUACAUGGCAAGGUCGAAAAUGAUCUUGUCUAUGUGGACUAUGGAAUUGAUGAAAAAAUCAGUAUACCAGUGCGACCUGCUUUCUUAGGCCAGCUCAGAAGUGGCAAAAGCAUAGAAAGAGUGUCUUUCUAUCUGGGAUUUUCCAUGGAUGGUCCAAUAGCAUAUGACAUAAAAAUGAUUUAAGAGUUUGAAUAAUUAAAGUAUUAGAUGCUCUAAUGCGGGAAGGGAUAGCUCAGUGGUUUGAGUAUUAGCUUACUAAACCCAGGGUUGUGAGCUCAAUCCUUGAGGGAGCCAUUAGGGAGCUGGGCUAAAAAUCUGUCUAGAAUUGGUCCUGCUUUGAGCAGGGGGUUGGACUAGAUGACUUCCUGAGGUCCCUUCCAACCCUGAUAAUCUAUGAUUCUACAUCCAUGGAGCCUUUUAGAUACAUUUUUUAGCCUUAACACUUCUUUAUUCAUAGCUUCAGAAGUAAGCAUCUGGAUUUCUGUGCAAUUCCCUCUUCUAUUCCUCCAGCCUCAUCACAUUUAGUGAAGAGCUCUCUAACUCCUCUCCUACUUUUCCAGAUAUGAGCAGUGUGGUAUGAUAUGCAGACAUGCUAAUGCAAAGCAAGAUUCUUGAAUGGCUGAUGCGAAGAAAGAUAUUAUUCAGCCUGGAAAGAACUUUGCAGACAAAAUGACCCCAACAUGGUUUGUUUUUAAAAUGCCAUGAUGGCUAUAAAGCCCAGUCAUCUUCUGCUAUAUACACUCCCUCCUAUGCUCCCAGCUGUUUUUUUUUUUUAUUAUUUUUACUAUUUUCCUAGAAACAUUAGGUCACCAAGCUGAUACUCCUAUACACAUUGAAUGUGCAUAGAACAUUGAUCUAUUAGGGUCUGAUUCUCCAUUGCCUUUACCUUAUAUAGUAAUUUACCUUGUAUGUUGUGGGUGUAAAAUGCUACCAAAUCAAAUGGAAGCAUUUUACACCAGCUUUGCACAAGAGUAAAUGACUAUACAAGGUGCAAGGCAGGGGAGAUCAGGCCUUCAGGUAGCUAAGAAAAUAACCUUUUGAUCUACAGCAAAAUAUAUCUAUAACAACUGUAUUCUGACAUACUCAUGUUUUAGAUAAACAAUAACUGUAAUAUAUUUACUCCAGGAGAAAGCAAGCAUUCCCCUUCCUCUUCUGCUGAGAUAUUUGGAAAUAAAGUUAGGUCUAUAGUACAAAGCAAGGAUGGAAAUAUUUUCUGUUUUGACUUACAAGGCACUGAAUGAAAGAACAUCACUAUUUCUGGUCCAUUUUAAAUUGAUCUGAGUUAAAAAUGUCAAAAGUGCCUAAGUCCCAUUUUCAAAAGGGACUUAGGCACUUAGGAGUUUGAAAAUAGAAUUUAAGCUCCUAAAUCACUUAAGAAAUUUUGAAAUUUUACCCCUUGUCACAUAUGUUUCUAGGUCUAAAGGUUUACCUCC